AUGCGCCCACGCUUUGCUCAUAUUUUCGCCGGUUCACUCCUUGCUCAAGACGGCGAAGAACAUACUCAUACCCGGCGUCUCCUUACACCUGCCUUUAAGCUCGAUGCUCUCCGGGCAUAUCUUCCUCGAAUCCAUCGCAUGGCCCGCGCCGAACUGUUACAUUGGACAACGUCCCCUUCUGUAGACCUCCAAGCCGAAAUUAAGCAGCUUACUUUGCGGAUCGCAUUUACGCUACUCCUCGGUGCCGACAUUCCUGAAGACGAACAUGACUUUUCCUCUGGAUUGGUGUCACGGUAUCAAGAUCUAUUGAGAGGUUUCAUGCCUUGGCCUUUCUCAAGCUGGGAUUCGGUGAAAAAGUCUAAAGAGGCCAAACUGCGUAUCCAGGAAGAUGUUGAAAAGAUAAUAAGCAAGCGGAUGGCGUUGCUUGAUGAGGGCUACGAACCGAAAGAGGUUGAUCCAUUAUGGCUGUUAAUGAAGAGUACUGAUGAGGAAGGGAACCGGUUGCCUGUCAAUGAACUAGCGUUGCACGCUGUUCUUCUCGUCGUUGCCGGGCAUGAAACUACCGCAGCAACCAUAUCCUCCUUCAUCGCAACCUGUCUUCAGAACCCUGCUCUUGUGGACACACUCCGCCAAGAGCAGGAUGAGCUCGCUUCUGCAUGUCCCGAUAAGCCAUUCACUCCCACCCAAGAUGAUUUACGGAACAUGCAUCGCCUUCAGGAAACGUUUCGGGAGGUCGAACGAAUGUAUCCUGUGGCCAUGCAGAUUACUCGCAAGACUGCCAAGGAUUUGAUUUAUCUGGAAGAUGGUCAUAAUCCGGUGGUUAUACCUGAAGGGUCUCAUGUGGCCUUUGAUAUCUUGUCUACCAAUAGAGACCCAGCCACAUACACCAAUCCCGACACCUUUGAUCCAAGUCGCUGGUCCAAGUCCGCCAGAGCGCACACCGAAAAGCCCAUCUCAAACUUUUCGCUCGCUACGUUUGGGGCUGGGCACCGGCACUGCCUUGGCAUGCAAUUUGCUCGCCUGGAGAUGGGGAUUAUUGGUAGCAUGUUGAUCAGGGAGUUUGAGUGGAAAAAGUUGGACGGAAUUAGGCUGGAGCGUGUUCCGUUGCCCAUCGUUAGGUGGAGGGAUGGAUUGUGGGUAAACUUGCGGCAGAGGCAGUUGAUGAUGUAG